UAUGAUAAAUUACCAGCGUUGUGUAACAACUUACAGAUAUAUCGAAACCUUAAAUAAUUAAUUAUUUUUUACUUGUUUUUUGAACAUUCUAAAUUGUGAUUCUAAAUUCAGUUGGAUGCUAAGAAUCAAAACAUUCCAGACCCAAAAAUACUUAAGGAAUAUUGUAAAAAGCCCCAUUGAAAGUGAUUGUUUUUGUUUCUUAAUAAUAAACUAUGCAAUUUGCUGAAAUAGCAUCAAAAAAUCCUGAGUCAUAAGUUAAUAGCGUAG